AUGCCCUACGCUGCCGCGGUUUCGUCCUCGCGCCGCGUCGCCACAGCACCGUCCUCGCGCACCAUCGCCGGUCGUCCUUGCAUCAUUUCCGCCACCUCAUCUGCCGUUCGCGCAGGAAAGACAGCCACCAUCGCGCUUCUACUUCACCCUCCUCGCGUCCCAUCGCGACUCCCCAUCACUCGCCACUCGCAUCCCACGAUUCUCCAUUCGUCGCGACGCAGUUACCACCAGGUCCCCAUUCGCGAUGCGCGAUCAACUACUCCGAUCUAUGGCGACUCCUCCACUCGUCGCAACACGCCACCCUCUCGCAAUUUCAAGCUCAGCUCAACAGAUCGAACUCUUCUUCUCCAAUCUCUGACCCCAUCAGCCCGUAUUAUCUGCAUCCGAGUGAAAGCCCAGAGAGCACUCAGAUCGAAGAACAAGGUGAAGUUCUUGGAUGGUUCGAUUCCAAAACCAGCAGAGAAUCAACCUUUGUUUGAAACUUGGGAUCGCUGCAAUAACAUCUUGCUUUCAUGGCUCAACCUCUCGCUUUUCGCAGAAAUUACUAAGAGUGUGAUGUGGAUUAGCAAUGCUUCAGAUCUGUGGAAGGACUUGAAGAAUCGUUACUCACAUGGAGAUGUCUUCAGAGUUGGAGAAUUGAAAGAGGAAUUCUACACUAUCAGGCAAGGUGAUUUAGUUGUUACUUCCUACUUUACCAAAUUGAAGUCUGUUUGGGAAGAGUUAGAGAACCUUCAUACAAUCCCUAGCUGUAUAGCUUGUGUUAAUGGCUGCAACUGUAGAUUAAAAAUUAUUAGAGAUUAUGCUUCUGAGGAAUACGUUGUGAAAUUUUUCAGAGGUCUAAAUGAGCAAUACUCUGCUGUGAAAUCUCAAAUUAUGUUACUAAAACCUUUGCCUGAUAUCAAUGUUGUUUUGGCAAUGCUAACUCAACAAGAGAGGGAACUAAGUUCAGAUUUCUUGGAUACAAAGAUAAUCACAAAUUCUAUGGAAGUACAACAUCAACAAAGAGGUAGUUAUUCUUCAAGAGGCAGAGGACGAGGUCGAAGUGGUGGCAAGAAAAACACUGCUCAAAAGACUUUUGGUAAAGGAUACACUUCCAAAUUAUGCACUUACUGCAACAGAAUUGGGCAUUUGGUUGAGAAUUGCUACAAGAAAAAUGGUUUUCCUGCACACUGGAAGCAGAAAAGUGCAAAUCACAUCAGCACUGAAGGUGAAAUUGAAGAUUCAGGUGCUGGUGGUGACAUUACUGAUUCUGGUCAAGAAGAAGGUGGUAAUGAAACUGCUCUUGUCUUGACUCUAGACCAGAAGCAAACUUUAAUUGCUCUUCUCCAGCAACCACUUAUGACAGCUUCAAGUAGGGGUGUUCGCGGUGCGGUUUAG